UGAAGUGCAUAUUGAGUAUUAAAAAAAAUCACAAAACUUUUGUAUUAACUGUAAUUGUCCAAUAAUUCAACGCAAUUAUGACUGCCAUUUUGCAAAGUGUAAAAGCGAUACUCCAGCGUUACCCAGUCACGCGCGGGAUGCUCUCUUAUAGUCUCAUUUGGCCGACCAGUUCACUGAUACAGCAAACCUUCGAGGGCAGAAGAUGGCCUGAUUACGAUUGGUGGCGUACGCUGCGCUUCAGCCUCUAUGGCGGCCUCUUCGUUGCGCCAACACUUUACAGUUGGAUUCGAGUUUCGAGCGCCAUGUGGCCGCAGACCUCACUGCAAACAGCCGUUUUUAAAACAGCCGUUGAACAGAUGUCCUAUACGCCCGCUGCCAUGACUUGCUUUUACUUCAUAAUGAGCCUGCUGGAAAUGAAGACGGUUGACGAAGCGGCGGCGGAAGUGCGCAAGAAGUUCAUACCCACAUUCAAGGUGGCGAUGUCUAUUUGGCCCGUUGUUGGUAUUAUUAAUUUUUCCGUCGUACCAGAGAAGAAUCGGGUGCCUUUCAUUAGCGUUUGUAGUUUACUGUGGACUUGCUUUUUGGCCUACAUGAAGCAUCUGGAGCAUCAACAUGUCGACGAAAUGGAUAAUUUAUUUAUAUCGAAAGAAGCUAAGCUAAAAACUUAAAUUGUUAGAUAUUCUUUUAGGUUA